GCUGCAUGCCCAGUACUAGUAGCAAAUGGAACUCACCGAAGAACAACAACGACAAGUUGAAGCGAACCGCGCAGCGGCGAUCGCAAAACGCAAAGCGUUCUUAGAAUCCAGAGCGCAACAACAAGAACAAUCUCAUCGUGAAGGAGAAAACAUUCCCAACCCCAAUCCAUGGCACCUUUUCAAGUGCCAAAAGUUCCCUAAACCCCAACCCCCAAAGUUCCUCGCCAGACUCGAAAUAUGCUCCCCCGAUUCCUUCUCCGUCACACCCAUGCCGCUUCCUCCAUUUCCCUUCCCCGGUCACCACCAUUGUCUCUCCACUCUCAACUCCAUUCUCUCACAGGUGAUGCUUUCGCACUUCACACAGACCAGCGGAGGGGUGAAGGUCUGUGUGUUCAAGCUGACGGAGUACCACGCUGUGGUCAGACAGUUGAAGGCGGAGGCGGAGGCGCUGCAGGUGGAGGAGAUCCCCUGGGCGACGUUCAACGUGGUGGAGCGUCUCUCGCAUUCGGUAGCUGCUGGGCGGUGGACGCCGGUGCGGCCGGAGCACUUUCCCGACGAGGAGGUUGAGCGUCUGAUCGCGAAACUCCCAAGGACUCUCCUGGACGUGUUGCUCCCUUUCCAGCAUGACGGACUGCGGUUCGCGUUGAGAAGAGGCGCGCGGUGUCUCAUUGCCGAUGAUAUGGGCCUCGGGAAAACGCUCCAGGCUAUUGCUAUUGCGGGGUGUUUUCUGGAUGAAGGGUCUAUACUCGUGGUUUGUCCUGCUGUGUUGCGGUUCACGUGGGCGGAGGAAUUGGAGCGCUGGCUUCCUUUCUGUUUGCCGGCUGAUAUACAUCUCGUUUUUGGCCAUCAAGACAACCCUAUAUAUUUAACAAGAAAACCUAGAGUUGUGGUUAUUUCUUAUACCAUGCUUCAUCGUCUAAGAAAGAACAUGCUUGAACUUCAAUGGGCUCUUCUGAUUGUUGAUGAAUCACAUCAUGUGCGAUGUACGAAGAAAACAGAACCAGGAGAGAUACAGGCUGUUCUUGAUGUGGCUUCAAAAGUCAAUCGUAUAGUUCUGCUAUCAGGGACGCCUUCUCUGUCAAGACCGUACGACAUAUAUAACCAGAUAAAUAUUCUAUGGCCUGGUUUGCUGGGGAAGACUAAAUACGAAUUUGCAAAAACUUAUUGCGAUUUCAAAUAUAUCAAAGGCAAUCAAGGAAAAUAUUUUGCGGAUUAUUCAAAGGGUGUGCGCUUGGAAGAGUUAAAUGUGUUACUAAAGCAAACUGUUAUGAUAAGGCGUCUGAAGGAACAUGUGAUGCUACAGUUACCUCCGAAACGUCGGCAAAUUAUAAGACUGUUGAUAAAGAGAUCGGAUAUAGUUGCUGCUAAAACUGCAAUCGGGGCAUUAAGUAUUGAUGCCACUGAAAGGGAAAGUGAAGACAUAGCUUUUGAAAAUUUGGAUGAAACUGAUGGCAAGCUUUCUUAUCAGGAACUUGGAAUUGCAAAGCUUUCUGGUUUUCGUGAAUGGCUUGCCCUCCAUCCAAUUGUUGCAGGAUCAGAGAAUGCUUCAAAAAUGAUAAUUUUUGCUCAUCACCACAAAGUUCUUGAUGGAGUACAGGAGUUUGUAUGUGAGAAAGGUAUAAAUUUUGUGCGAAUUGAUGGAAAUACUCUUGCCAGAGAUAGGCAAUCCGCAGUAGUCUCAUUUCGGUCGUCACCAGAGGUUAAAAUUGCAAUAAUAGGUAUUCUAGCAGCAGGUUUUGGACUUGAUUUCUCAACAGCACAACAUGUAGUGUUCUUGGAGCUACCACAAAGCCCAACUCUAAUGCUCCAGGCUGAGGAUAGAGCUCAUCGUCGAGGACAAACAAAUGCAGUUAAUGUUUACAUAUUCUGUGCUAAGGAUACCUUGGAUGAAUCACAUUGGAAAAAUUUAAACAAAAGUUUGCAACGAGUUUCAUGUACAACUGAUGGCAAAUAUGAUGCGAAGAAAGAGAUAGAGGUUGAAGGUAUUUCUUAUUUAGAUUCAUCUUUUAAAAGAGAUAACUGUGAAGAGCAAUCCACAUGCAAAGAUGCAGUAGGGGAAACACAAUUGGAUUUGCAACCUUCUGCGGUAAAUUCAAAUGAACCAGAAGCAAAUAAAGAUGAUAAAUCUGGGGAGGGAACUUCUUUUCUUAACAAGUCAAUUCAAAGUUUUAAUGUUUUGGCUGAUGAUGUCUCCUGCCAAGAUUUAGGCACAGCUUCAGUUCUGGAUGGAAAUUGUGAUGCUGAUGUUUUUGAAGACGUGGAGAGAUAUCCUGGAAAGAGUUUAGAAGACACACAUCCAUUGCAGGAUAUGAAAACUGUUUCAACAACAGAAGCAGAUGAUAACCAGUCUGCUCAGGUGGUUGAAGCCGAUAGUCAUUGUUCUAGUCAAGUUGAUUUUCUGCGAUUUGAGGUGAGCCCAUACACCGGAAGGAUCCACUUGUAUACUUGCAUUUUGGGUACUGAUAAAAGACCACAGCCACUUUAUGAAAAUUUUCGACCAGAAGAACUUGAGUUAUUGUGUCCUGUUGCUCCUGAGGAGAAACAGGUUCAUAAUGAAAAACAAAAAAUAGAGUUUGUAUCUGUUAAGGACAACCCUUCCUAUAGGCAUGUUCUUCUAGCUUUUGUGGAAGAAUGGAAGAACUUAAGGUCAAUUGAACGCCGGAAAUUAAUUGGAAAACCGUUGCAACUUCCUUUGGCUGUUGAAUUAUGCUAUUUGAGUGAAAGCAUCAACUACAACAACAAUGGAUUAUUAAAUGGUGGAAGUAAAAGGCGCAAGACACCCAUAAUAGAGGUUAGCUAUCCUUUACCACCAGAUGCAGUUUGGAAGAAGGUUUAUCUACGGAGUGGGCUCGGUAAGAAGGAAAGAGAAUAUACUCAAGGGUGGAGUGAGACAGAUGAGCCACUCUGUAAGCUUUGUCAAAAGCAGUGCAAGGGUAAGAAUGCCAAGGGACCUGAAUUUCUAGAAGAUCUUUUUUGUAACCUUGUGUGCUAUGAGGAGUAUCGAAUGAGAACUAGCAGCCGAUUCCUCCGUGAGGAACUUUUCAAAAUUGAGCAUGGUGUGUGCACAAACUGCCAAUUGGACUGCCAUAAGCUUGUUAAGGAUACAAGACCUUUGUCAUUGGAAAGGCGGCGAGAAUUUAUACAAAAAAUAGCACCAAAUGUUGCUAAGCGGAAGAACAUGUUUGAGAAGCUUGUUAAUGAACCAACUGAAGGAAAUGCAUGGCAUGCUGAUCAUAUUGUUCCAGUAUAUCAAGGAGGAGGGGAAUGCAAGCUAGAGAAUAUGCGGACUCUUUGUGUGGCCUGCCAUUAUGAUGUGACUGCUGCACAAUGUGCUGAACGAUCUAAAGCAAGAGCGAAUGCCAAGAAAAAACUCAAAGAGUUAAUGGGCAGUAUAAAAAAUGGUGUUAAGUUUUCUGUUAUCACUAAUAUUAAGGAGCAUAGGGCUAUUGAUGAACGAGGGAGUAGUAUAAUCGAGGAUGAGCUUUUAGUGGAGGUUCCUGGAAGUGCCUAUUCCUUAGCAGACAGCUAAUGAAUAGAGAUGCUGCAUCAUGUAAGGGAUUGCAGAGAACUACAGAGAAUUUCCAGCGUCAAUCAUUUAUUUGUAAGAGGAAAAGGUAAAAUUUGGUAGCCUCGUGAUGGAAACUGGAACGGACGUCAGUGGAGUUGGUUUUCCAUGUGGACUUGUUCUGGAAGAAGAGGUGGAGGCAUGAAGGAAGAAUUACUUACAUCAUAACGUCCUAUUUUUCAUUGCACAGUUAGAAAUUCUUUUGAUCAGAUGUAUUGUUGUACAGGUGAAAGGCCAUUACAUUAAGCCUAAGAUAUAGGUAAUUUCUAUCCCAUCAUUGAUUAUGGCCUGCCAAGGUCUUCCUACCAAUUAUUUUGGGGCCGCUUUUGUAUAAUGCAAAGGCAAUGAUCGUUGGAUCAACUACAACAACAUUUUUGACAAAAGUCUUCCUGUAUUUUUCAUGUUGCACCCCUAUAAAUAUGCAAAAUUCUGUUUUGCCCUUUUGUGAAUUAGGAAAUCUAUAUGUUAACAUUGA